GAUGAGUUGAAUGGGAAUCAAUCCCACCAAGAGAGAGCUCCUUCAGAUGGCCAAAGAUGGAAAAGGUACUUUUAACUGUGAGAGCUUCCUGGCUUUGAUGGCAUUGGUUCAUGAAAGUGCGAGGGGCCAACAUGCUGUGCUACGAGCUGCUUUCAAGGUGUUUGAGAAAGAGGCCGAGGGAUAUAUCGAGUGGAAUACCCUGAAGUAUGUGUUGAUGAAUGUAGGAGAACCACUGAAUGAGUUAGAGGCAGAGCAAAUGAUGGAGGCAGAUAAAGAUGGAUAUGAAAGCUUCAAUUAUGAAGAAUUUGUGAACAUGAUGACUGGAGGCUCCUUCAAGAUGAGCUAA